AAUUCCCCUCAAAUCUUAAAAGGGUUUGUAUUUUCUUUGGUAAACUUGAAAGAGAAACAUUGCAAUUGCAUUUUCAUUUACCCAAUAUUAAUUGUCGAGAGCCCACCCCCUUCCCUUCUCUCUGACAUCGUAACUCUCUCCUCUCCAUCGAUCUCGCUCCAUCUGCUCGCCGUCGCUCUAUAUGCUCGUCAUCGCCGUCGAUUCGUCUGCUCGUCGUCACCGUCGCCCAUCUGCUUUCCGUCACCGUCGAAGUGCCCCGCCAUUCAAAAUCUGAAAUCCCCAAUACAGGGUGCUUUGCGGCAUUUCGUUCUCCAAAACUUUAGAUCACAUAAAUCAGUAGUUGUCAAGUCCAUAAGAGAAGCAAGAAAUCGGAAAGCAAGGCUUCGACUAAAACCAAAUAAUGUCAAAUUAAUUCAAGAUUGGAAGACUUUCCUUGCAAAGUGACAAAAGUGAAACAUUCAGAGAGAUGAAGUCUAAGCAACUCCGCACACAUGUAGUCGCAAGGGAUAUGGUAGGUUGGCCGAGGAUUUGAAAAGAAAAAGUGUAGACCCUUCUCUAGUUUCUAGAGGUGAUGUUUGGAUUGCAGCACAUACUAAAAAGGGUGGUGGACCAUCCAAUUUGCUUGCUGCAGAGACUAUUGAAAAAAAUUAAGCAAUAUGGAAAUGGAUCAUCAUCUGGUUUUCGAGGUGACGUUCUUUCCAAAGUUUUUGGUGCUGAGCGACAUGGUCGUGCAAGAGGAGUUGGAGGUGGUGUUCCUCCUACAAAGCUUGGAAUAUUUUCACAACAAAAAUUGCGUAAUCACCAAAUGGAUGAAAAGGUGCACAAUUUAACUAAUCAGGUCAGAGCACUGACAGAAUUGGUGCAUCUUUUUAUGAAAAAUCAGGGUAAUGAUCUACCAAGUGAGGCAUCUCCUGACACACAGGUUGCAGCUCCUGAGGCACAUGUUGAUACUGUCGCAAGAACUGAAACUCGUCUUUCCCAAUGCGCAACAAAUGAAUCGUGGUGGCGAGGUUAUUUCUGAAAACAUUGAAACAUCGUGGUGUGCCAGAUGGUUUGAUUAUAAGACACCUUCCUUUUGGUCCACCAACUUAUUUAUAACUGCUAAAUGGUACGUAGUGUGAUAAUUUUCAAAUAUUUUGAUAUUAAGACAGGUGUAGGACAACAUAGAAAUUCUUAGGGCCUUCAGCAACAAAAUUAUGAAAAAGUGAGUGAGAUACAAUUAAAAAAAUGAAAGAGAAGGAUCAUGAUUCAUGAUCUAAAGGUUUGAAUAGGGUAGAAAGGAUUUAGUUUCGUUGUUAAAAUCGAUUUGUGAGUCUAUUGUUAUUGUAUUGUCAAUUUGUUUAUUUACUUGAACUUCCUAGUAUCAAUUUGGUUCGAUAUAUCUAGCACCACCAUAGAUAUAUCUAGUAUCAAUUUGGUUAGAUAUUGUCAAUUUGUUAUUUUAUUGUCAACUAUAGAAUGUGCAUCAGUUGUAAAAGGAACAAAACAAUUCAGAUUUUUUGUUUAUGUCCAAACUUAGAAUUGUAUUGUAAUUGACAAUUUCUACUAAUUAAUCCAAGUAUUUGGAGUUUAAUAUGUUUA